CUACGCGCGCGCGCAUUUCAAACAACCGUAUGCGAUUGCGCCGAGCCUUUGAAUAUGGGAAUUAUUCAAUUUCCUGAUGCUGAUUGCAAGCCGAAAAUGAAUUCCACGAGUGCUGUUCCAGUGAGAUAUGCUGUCUACAGUGAUGAACGCGCCGCAGUGAAAUUUCCGGGUUUUAUUUGUGCCAAAUGGAGAAAUAUUCACCGCGUGACUAUGAACUUUUUCGGUCAAACAGUGAUUGUGCCUGAGAAAAUUCCUAUAGACACAACGGCUUCUGAGUGCUAUAAAAUGAUUAACACUAAAAAGUGUGAAGGUUAUGAAAUGACUCUUUCGGAUGAGAAGUAUGUAUUUUCGCAUUAACCUCGAUCUGAUGGUUACUGGAUGCGAACCGUCGAUUGGGAAACUCUGAAUUGUGCGCUUGAACAAGUACAACUGUUUCAACAAAUGGAAGAUGAAGAUUUUCCAACGCCGAUCGGAAAAGCUUCUUCAACCGCUGGUACCUUGUCUCACAACCAUCUAACUUUGGUUUGGGAUACGACAUACACCCAUAAGGUUCAACACGAAUUACGUACAGUUGAAUCUGGAACCGGAAAUCUUAUGAUGAAAACGAUUAAUGAAAAAUAUUUCCGCCUCUUGGACGACGACCGUCAACUAGAUUUUCAUUUGACUCUUCAACCACCUUGCGACCCCAAUCAUCGAAGUUGCAACAACCGAACAACGACUUUUAAAAUCGUCGGCCAAUCAAAUUUAGUUUUGGUAACGUGGCCCUUCGUCGAUAAAUCUCUAUCACUCACCGCCGAGUCGGCGUCCAACAAGGAGAAGGCCCAACCAAGCGUCGCUGUUGAAACCACCUCACCAUCUAGUGACCCCGAUUUGGAUAAAUUGGCCAAUAAACAAUAUAUUCAAGAUCGUGCUAUUGAUCGUGAUAAUGAAUUAGCGAGUAUGCUACAGACAAUUGAAUGUGAUGUUCGCAAAGCUAAAAAUGAACGAGCAAUUAUCACCGCCCAAUAUAAUGGUUGGCUCGCCGCUUCAUUAUUGAAAUUACCUCGGUGUGCAAAAUUGCAAGCUUUUGGACAAACCGCCGUAGUGAUUCAGUGUAAAGCUGUGAAUGCCACAUUUGAAACCAUAAUCACACCAUGUGGACCACAACCGAAAUUUAACAAUUAUACCAUUAAUCUCGAUGGCUGGGAAUUAGUGAAAUUUUCCCCAUGCUAUUGGACAAAUGGUUUCGUCAAUUUCAACGAUAAACCUUACGCCUUCCGCAACAACACUUGGAAAAGGAUCGACCCGAAUAUUGUACCGCCGGAGCGUACAUUGGCUCAUUCCUUCCGCUAUGAAGACGUGAAAGCCUUCGACUAUGACCAUCGCAGCAAUCCAGCUUAUAACGAUAAUUUACUCAACCACAUGAACGUUGUAGCUGACAUCGUAGCCGCCAUGAAUGAACAAUCACCUGCUGGUUUCCCAUCGAAUCAUCGUCCGCAUGCAGCUGAUGUUCUACUAACAGCAGCAGGAGUCGAGAGAUAUACCAGCUGGUGGGAGGUCAUCAUAAUCUCCUUGGUCGUCACCGUAAUUUUCAUCCUUGUUCUCAUCGUCUUACGCAUUUGCUGCUGUCCUGGCCUCUUCGGUAUCUACUGUCCUCCAAUUAAAGAAGUUAAAACCUCUUAUCACAACCAUGAAGUCUGAUUACGGGACGUAAUCUUACGCAGCCCGGAGCGAUGUAACGAAGGCCUACAAAUAUAUUUACUCAACAUGCCCAAAUUUUAUGAUCUUAUGUUACUCCCUUUUUCAUUUAUGAU